CCGCCCCUCGGCUGGCAACUUGGGAGCCUCCUGCGAGAAGAACCGUUGGGCUGAGGCGGUGGCGGUCGGCGAUCAGGGUAGUGGUUUUGGAAAUCAAGAAGAAUCCAGCGUGAUCAGGCCAAGAGCUUAAUCUAGUGAAGCAUCCUGGUUCUUACCAGCCAAAAUGCCUUAUGGGGCCCCAGUAAGCAAGAAAUGAAGGCAUGGUUGCUUCAUACAGAAGAGAUGCUGGUGAAUUUUUAUUAAGGAACUAUUCAAAAUGAUUUAAACUUUGAUAAAUUUUAUGGAUUCUCUUACGUCUUAAUAAUCAUGAAAAUCAAAUUAGAGGUUCUAGCCUCUACGUGUAUUAAACAGAAGAAGCCAUGGCCUCGAAUCACUUGGCUGGGAAAGGAAAAAGAGGCUGUUUUUCUGUUAGAUGACAAAAACAUACAUGAAAUUAACUUGCUUUCUGGAAAGACAAAGAAAAAGAUUCCCCAAGUACAGACUUUUCUGAAGAAUGUUAUUGUGUUAACGACCUCAAGAAAUGGAGCUUGGUUGGCAGGAAUGCUUAAAACAGGAGAGCUCUUUCUUUGGAACAAAGACCAGGACAUUAUAACAACUGUCCCAGCUGUAGAGGAAUCUAAGAACGUUGCUAUGGCAGUGCAAGAACGUUCCUUGAGAUUAUCCAUACAUGUUUCCGGCAAAGGAGAUAAAGUGCUUCUUGCUACUCCAGAUGUCUGUGUCUUGCUGUGGGAAAGCAUAGAAGCAAAAACUACACCUUCCCAAAUUUCUGCAGUGGGGCAGUGGUCACAAAUUAUUCCUCAAGCUUCAAUUGUGUUACCAUCCAUCAAAGAGAAGGAAACUGCAGUUAGUGCUGAUUUUAUUGAAAAUGAGAUAUUGGGAGAUUGUUGCUUGUGUUCUUUUGCAUUUUAUUCUGAGGACAACCUGGUGCUGAUAUUUUUGAAGAUCAAAUGGCAGGAGAACAGUUUAAAAAACGGAAGCUCUGUUCCAUGUCAGAUACACUGGGCACAGCAAACGUGCUCUCUGCUUAGUUUGGCUCCCUGUUGUGAAUCAGUGAAGUCGAGAGGUGCUUUACUUACUGCAUUCUCACAUGAUGGGCUUGUGCUAGCAAUAGCUCUCAAUCAAAAGGAUCUACAGGCAACUCAGGUUUUGUUUAUGAGCACUAAGAAUUUUAUUACUGCUUCAGGGACUCUUAAAGGUUGUGGUAGCAAGCAUCCCAAAAUUCCAUCAAAGUUAAUAAGGUCUUAUUGGAUUGCUGACAUGAGCUGGACUCCUGAUAGUCUGUUUUUGGUUUGCAUGUUAAAACGUGGAUCUCUGAUCAUAAUGACAUGCUUGGGUGAAUUGAUGACUUUAGUUACUUAUGGCUGCUCUGUAGAAUUUGGACCAGCAGAAUUUAUUCCUCUACAUCCAUUAAUAACAUACAGGUCACAGAACUCUUUCUUGAAUUGUCAUGAUUCAUCAGUUUCUGAAGGAGACCUCAUGAGGCAGAGAUUUUCUGUAACAUCUCACUCAAGUUUGCCUUAUCUCAUUGCUUCUGAUGGAUACAUGAUUACAGUUCUUAAAUUUUCCAGUGGGUUUUCACCUUCUACAUACGCAAAGUCAAUGCUGCUUGAUUCGGCCCAAAGACUAGAAAAGUUACACCACAGUUUGAUUACUUUUAAGUCUGAGGGGAAAAAGCAGCCACUGCAGUCAUUGUCUUCUUUAAGAGCUAAUCUCUUACAAUAUGAAAAUCAAAGUUCUACUUUCUCUGGCACUCCAAAGUUUCUGCAAGAGGAGGAGGGAGCCACUGAACCAAAUGAAGAAGUAUCACUCUUCCAGGAGUGCAAUGAAGAAUCCAGUGAUGACAAUUUUUUUCAAAGUAAUUCCUAUAUUUUGGGAAGCCAAAAAGCAGACUUCUCUUUACGUGAUGAAGGCCAGCUGGAAUUCGCAUCAAUGUUUGACACAAUUCAUGCAGUAGAUGGAACAGAUGGAAAAAAAGAUGGCCUAUUGUUUGAACUGAACCAUAUUCAAAAAAAUCUCAUUGCUGCUUGGAGAGUGGGCAUUUCAAGAAGUAUAAAAGAAAAAGAUAUAUUAUUAAAUUUCAACAUUCGUUGCAUUGUACACUUUUUUAACAUUCUCCAGCAUGCAAAACUUAAAGAAUUAGAUCAUCCUGUCAAGAAUCAAUCAUGGAUACAGUGCGUGUUAAACUGUUUCCAACAAUUUUUGACCGUCCUAAGUUGGGAGGAUCAACACAGACAAACUUUGGGGCAUUUAAUGAAAUUCACAAUGCAAACCUUAAAACUGAUACUUGCAGAACAACAAGAUCAUCUGUUCUCCAGUAAUCUUUUGGGGGGCUUUUCAUUGCUGAAGAUGGUUAUUCAUUAUUUAAAUACCAAAAAAAUACCACAAUAUGAAGUUCUUCUAGCAGAUCUGAAUGGUGGUAAUGAGGUGGAACUAGAUUCUAUAGAUGUGCCUCUGUUUCAAAGCAUGGAUUGGAGAAGUCAUCAAAAGCAUUGUGCAAUACAUUCUGUGCUAAAGUGUUCUCUUCCAAUGGUAAACCUAACUGAGAAUCAGGAAAAAAGGUUAACUCUAAUGUGGCGACUCUUGUAUGAACAUGUGAUUUGGUAUUGGGCACAGUUAAGCGGAAAAGUAAAUAACUCAAAUAAGUCAAUAACUGAAAUCCAAAUUGCUCAUGAAGCUCCAGUGACCAAAGCACUUGCAAGUCAUAUACAGGCAAUCUUACAGUCUUCAGGAGAAAGUCUGGAACAACUUCUGAAUCUCAAGUCUGUGAAUGGUGAGGAAGAGUUUCUGAUGGGAUCUUAUAAAGAAUCCGUGGAGGCCUGGGAGAGAGCUUUUCAGGAAACAAAAGCCAAAGGAGGAAAGAGAAUGCCUUUUCUUCAAACUCGAUAUUAUCUUGCUAUUUUAUAUUGCCAUCUGUAUCAUUAUAAUAUAAGUGAGGCUCAGGGUCUGUGUGAUCAUCUGGUAUGUGAGCUUCUAAAACGAACACAAAUUUCUGUAAGAAACCAAGAUGUUUUGACAGAUGCUGAAUGGUUAAAAGAUAUUCACACUGAAGCUGCUCUGGCAGUGGUUCAGUCUUUAGCACGAUUCAUGGCAGCCUACUUCACUAAUGAGCCAAUUUAUGUACUUCCUCCCCACAAUGUUGGUAUCUUACCUCCACUUCAUAUCCAGCCAGACAGGUGUCGUCGUGUUAUUCCUCUACAGCACUCUAGAGUCACUGAAGCAGUUAGGAAUAAUGGCCUGUCUUGUGUCUGGACUGUAGAAUAUACUCUUGAUUUGUUGCUUGUCGGUGGGCUAAUUCCAGAAGCUGUGUGGCUAGCCCAGAAACUUGGAGAUUGGAAAAUGGCUGUUUCAAUUGGAGUGGCCUAUCAUCUAUAUUGUCAGAGUAAUAAAGGCUUAGCAAGGUCAGGGAAAGUGGAAUUAUUCCUGCCAUUACACUUGACUCCAACAUGUAUCUUUCAAGAAAAGCUACAAUCUUUUUUGGGUCAGCCUGUCAACAAUGAAACAGCAAAUGAAGGAAACCUCAGAUACAAACAACUCACAGAUCCUAUUGAAGAAGAAGAUGCAAAUGCUCUUUUUAGUUCAGUAGAACAAAUACUAAAAGCAGCUGUUAUGGCAGAAGCAGACAUUCUGUCAGAAACCUUUCAGGUUUUGAUGGACUUUGCCAAAGAUCGUAGUAGAAAAUUCUGCGGCUUGGUUCCUGAUGGCUUAUAUCUUCCAGCACCACCUUUAUAUUGUCCUCAGCCAACAUUUGUUAGUGAAGAAGAAUAUACUGACUUACCAUUAAGAAUGGAGAGAGACUGCAGACAGAAGGUAUCUGCAAUUGUUCAACGGAUUCUUCUUCUUUUCCGAGCUGCUCAUUGUUCUUUUGCUGCUGCUCAGUGGUAUAUUGUGCAGCUGAAACAUGCACGAAAAGUUAUGCAAAAGAUUCGCAAAAAAAGUGCUCUUCUUCCUUUAAGUGCUCUUCCAGAAAAUUUGCUUAAUUAUUCCAAAUACCAUACAGUGUUCUUAAGACCCACGUCUUCUGGAGACCAUAACUUUGAUGCUGUUUCAUGUAAAACUAUAGGAUGCUUUCGAGAAUUAUGUAUAUUGUGCUGGAUGCUUCAUGUUCGUGAAAGGUUGUCUGAUAGUUGCAGGCGGUAUCAAAGGGCAAGGGAGAAGUUGGAAAACCAGAAUGAAUUCAAGAGGAUCGAAUUUGAUGCUUGUAUAGUUGAGUACUCUAUCAAUGCUUUGGAGUGGGCUUGCCGAAUGCUUCCUUUUGCUAGAUUUAUGAACAUUGAAGAACUUGUCCAGGAUAUCAUUCUGAGCCUUAUUGGAGAAUUACCACCAAUUAAAAAGGUGGCAGAAAUUUUGGUGAAAGCAUUUCCUAGCCUUGAAGAUGUGAGGGUCCCCUUAAGGGAUAAAUAUAAUGAUCUAUACAAGCAAUUUAGGCACUGCACAGUUAAAGGCCCCAACAGUGAAGAAAUGAUGUCCGUUGUUCUACAGGCUGCUUACAAAGUGAAUGUGAAAACCCUGAAACGCGUGAUAAGAAACAUAGGACCCAUUCAAACAAGUAUCUGGGAGCCACCAGAAGAAGAGAUGCAAGACCCUGGAGUUUCCUGCUAUGAUCAGUUUUCUUUGGGGACUACUCUAAGCAGAAGCACAAUUUCAGAUCUGGGAAACCUUCAGGGUUAUAACGAUGCUGAACCAGCAGAUUCAGUUUCUGAGUUUUUGGUGACAGAAGAAGCAAGAAAACUGAGGCAAGAAGAUUCCAAGGAUUUACCCUGUUGUAGAGAUGUUUCCAACCCUAAAGAAUGGAGUGAAAAGUUAAAGGACUGCAGUGGGGAAGGAGAUAAUAAAAAAGAGAUACAUAACGACUUUCCCAAUCAACUCCGUAUGCCUCUAGUCGGUGAAUGGGAAUUUGAACGUGAUGAUGAUGAAUAUAUUAAAUUUUUAGACCUUUUUCUAACUUAUGUGCUUGAAAGAGAUCCACUCAAUCACAGUGAAUCUGCUGUUCCUUUUCUGACAUGCUUUUCAGCACUCCUUAGAGAACAUGAGCUCCACUCUCUUCUUUUUGAUGUUCAUACAACACUGAAACGUCGACAGGUCAGAACUGAAGUCCAGAAUGCAUUUAGAGCUGGUUCUUGCUACACCCUUGUUUUUGGAUCUAGUGAUUCUAAAUUAGCUCCUUUAUGUGAUAAAAAGAAAAAAGAUUGUGAAAAAGAAACUUUAGCUGUUCAACAACCAUUAGAGCUUUCUGUUUCUGAUUCAGUUAUGAGACUUAAUAAAAGAAGAGGAUUAUUUGGUCAAAGCCAGCAAUCAGUCAGUGACACACAUGAUUCCAGUAAGAAAAUAACAUUUAUGUCAGCAUUAGGUCAAUGUUGGUCUACCCCUAAAAGAGCUCUGCUUCAUAAAUAUAUCUGCAAAACUGGACAAGUGAAUGACAUUACACAGCAAGAGGAGCCAACUCCAGAAAUGCACCUUAAAUUUAAUAAUAUAUCUCGUUUACUUGAAUGGAUGAUCAGAUGGUCCAGUAAAAGAAUGUUUCAAGAUCCCAUCUUGGGGACAUUUCAGGAGUGCCAACCAAUGAUGCAUGUAAAAAUAUCUUCAUCUGCCAUACUUUCAUCAUUGUGGAUUUUAGAGCAACGUUACUGCAACAAAUCUCAAGACCAAAGUUGCCUUUUGAAAUCACAGAAACAAUAUGAAGUUUCUUCCACUGUCAUAUCCAAACUAGAGAAAGAUGAUGCUGUGGAUACAAAUAGUUCUCCAUCAGAUGGGGCUCCAGCUGAUAUCCAAAAUGGGCAUGCAUAUGGUGAACCAUUUGAAAAUAUUCCAAGGUGCAGAACAUUACCUGAAAAGCGGAAUAAGAAGAAAGUUAGUCAUAGAGGUCAUUCUAUAGAACCUGCUGAUGUAGAUAUUGGAGGUACAGCUGUUGAUAUCAGUCUGGCAGAAAAAAUGAUAGGAUUCCUACCAAAUGAAGUGGACGAGACCUCUGAAACUGAAGGCUACAGUGAAGAUCCAUCUUCAAAGAGUCCUACCAUUUCUGUCAGUAUUAAAUCAGUACAAAAGAAAAAUGAGCAGCUUCCUGAAUUAAAAGUAGAAUGUCAACAGGAUGAACCUUUAAUGGAAACAUCUGAGGGAAAAUACACAAAGCUGGAUGGUACUACAUGUGAGGUAGUUCCCAGUGAUGUUUCUCUUUCAUUUUGCCCUGAAAGGAGGGCAGAAACAUCUAGUGUAGACAUCACUGUUUCAGAGGAUCGGCCUUCUUUCACUGUUGUGUCAGACAUUCUUUCAAGUAAUGCUGGUGCAGAAAAAGAGAUGGUUGAUGGAAAAGAAACAACAGCACAGCCACCAAACACCUCAGAGGUUGUCGGGCAAAUGCUACAAGAUGAAAUGUUUAAGUUGAUUCAGCUGCAGCAGAUUAACUAUAUGAGCCUCAUGCAAAUAGUUGGAUUUGCCAACUUGCCAAAUGUGUCACAGCAGAUUCAGCAGCCGCAGGCCUUUCCAUUAGGAAGAAGCCUGGCUUCAAACACGGAAGAGAGUAAUAUACAUCGAUCUCCCCACAAACAGCCAGCAGAUUGUGUUCAAAAACAUACUGGCCAUCAGAUACCAACUCUGGAAAACAACUGGAAUGUUGGUGAGAAAAAUAGCAGUCCUCAGGAAGAAGAGAACUUACCUGAUCAGAACCAUGAUGGAAAUAACAUGAAACCUGUGCACUUCAGUGAUUCUUCAGUGUUACGAGAGAGUCAGUCUGUUGGUGCAAGAUUGAUUCUACCACCUCAAAGCCCGCCUCAUCAGAAUCCAGCCAGGCCACUUCCUCUGUUAUCUGCUUCCCUAAGUGCUGAGAAGAAACCAAAGCUUAUUCAGUUUGCAAAACCCUUAAAUACCAUAGAGGGUUUUCCUUUGCUUAAGCUAAAAACAAGCCAUCAAUUUCAGCCACUCAAUUUCUGCCUAGUAAGCCCCCCCAGAGUUUCCUCUGGACCAUUCUCACGACAAAGAGAAGCCUGGGAUCCCCCUUCAGCUCUGGCACAAGAUCCUCCAAGUUUGCAGAUGUCAGGACCCACAAAUGAGUCCAGAGCACAUCUAAAGUUGAAUCAUUAUGACCAAAAUGUUAUAAAACAAGCACAAGAGCAGACAAACCAUUGGAUAGAAACAGUCAAGAAAGAGACUUCCAAACAUUUACCUUUAGAUGAAUAUGGAAAAAAGGAAGAUGUAGCACCAUUACAAAACUUCCAUGAACGUCUAAAGGCAGAAAAACCAUUGGUUGACAAUGAAAUUAAUUUACAUAAAACAUGCAGAAAUUUUACUGCAAUUCCUUUGCUAUAUCUGAAGACCUGCCCCAAAUCCAAAGGUUUACCAAUCAGAUUUACAACAAAAAAUACAGAUUCCAGAGGACCCCUUGAACAGACAGGAUUACCAUUGCUUUAUGCUAAUUUACCUCCACUAACCAAGUUUCAGAUACCGAAACUCAUUCCACUUCAAGAUCUCAUUGCAUUUGAACAAAGCCAGCAUUUCAUUCAAGACCCACACCAAGGGCAUAAAGACCAUCCUAAGCAGAUCCAGCUAUUAAAAGCUAAUAUUAAACUGAGUGAAGCAAGACAAGUUAGGAGUAAUAAAAAAAGACAGAAGAGACGUAUUAAAAAUCAGAUCAAGGAGAAGGAAGAAAGGAUGAAAGCCGUUGUGACUAAUCAACAAGAUAAUUCUGCAGUUUUUCCUGAUGCUGUAGAGCAAACAAAGGAAUACCAAGCAGAAUUAAUAUCUGGCCAGUGUGAUGACAAUUCAUUACUGAAAUCAGAUACAUAUAUUUCAUCGGCAGCACUACAUUACCUGGCCUCUGUAGGAAAAAAGACUGCAGAUCUUCAAGAUGCUAGCACAAAUACAGAUUCUGUUCUUAAAUCACAUCAGAAUAUACAAACUGUAUCAGAUGAAUUAAUUGAUGAACCUGUUGGAAAUCAGUCAGUUACCUCUGCUGCUGCAUCUGUAACAGUUCUUAAAUCACAUCAGGAUGUUCAAACAGUCUCAGAAGAAAUAAAUGCUGAAACUAGUAAAAAUCAGCCAAUCAUUUCUGCUUCUGCUUCUGCUUCUGCUUCUGCUUCUGCAACAGAACUGUUGCCUUCUUGCGUUCCUCAGACAUUGCCACCAGAGUUGUAUCUGAAUGUUAAAUCAUCCAGUGAAACUACAGAGAAGCCUUUGCCAUCUUCAUCUGAUUUGGCUGAACAGAGAUAUAUCAGUGUGACCGAUAUAGAGGCUGGAGAUCUUCUCAAGAAUUUUCCAGUUAUAUCUGAGCCUGGUGCACAGCCUAUUGUCACACCACCUGUGAAGCCUGAAUUCCCAGCUUCUACAAGACCGCAUUCUCCAGCAGCCUCUGUUAGCAAUGUGGUACCACUGGAAGAAUUUAAGAGAGAAGGAAUAACAGAGGAAGAAACUGCUGGCGAUGAUCUUACUUCACGUCUCCUUUGUGAGGAUUUUCCCAAUGUUUACACAGGAUUGUUAGGCCAAAAGAUCAGUAGACAGCAUUUUUCUGGCAAACUACAAGAAAUGGAUAGACAACUAUCAUACUUACAAAAUUUGGCAGAAAGAAUGGAGAAAGAAUAUAGCGCUACUAAAUUGUUUGGGGAAACAGUGGAAGAUGUCAGUAUGAUACCUGAUCAAGAAGAGGAUGAUAUAUUGUUCUUUGCACCAGGUGUUAAGCUUUGCAAAGCAGAACGUUAUUCAACCCGUGUAAUAAUGGAGAAUUUUACAAAGGAGAAAGACUUCUUAGAAGCAGAACCUUCCCAAAAUAGUUUCAUUGCCUUGCAAACACCUUCUGUUUCACCUUCGGUAUCAGCUGCUAAUCAUCCCAGGGUCAAAAAGCUGUCUUCCGAUACUAGUUUUAAAAUGGAAGAACAAGAUGAGAGAUAUUCAGAAAAUCCCUGUCAAAUCACUGGCUUGAGUGGUGUUUUGGACAUCAUUAAUGAUCUUAUAGUGGAGAAUGGUGUUUCUCCUUUAGAGCUGGGCCUUACAGAAACUCAGGCUAAAAAAAUGGCCAGUCUUUCAAAUAUACCAAGUAAACAGUCAUACCAAAUGGAGAAAGAUAAAAAAGAGUUACAUGCUUGGAUGAAAAGAAAACGAAAAGAGAGACUUGCUGAAUAUAUGCAAACGCUGUCUGAAAAACGGGCAAAAGAACACAAUCCAUUCCGUUUGAGAAAAAUGUCCCUUGGACCGUCAACACGAGAGAUUAAAUUACAACAGAAAAAGAAAAAGGAGAAAGAUAAGGUCUUGCUAUCUGAACAUCAUAAUCUGAGAGUCAAUGAAGCUCUCACUCUGAUGCAUGACUUGCUGUCUGAUACAGUGCAGCUCCCUUCCAGUGAAUAUAAACCAUUGCCUAGAAGAAGAUCAUCGUAUGGUUUUAAGCAGCCACAUGUCACUUCUGCCGGAGGUUUCCCUGGGAGGAACAAGACAUAUGCCAAAGUUGUUUUGAAUCCAGCAAGAUCCCUUUCAAGUCUAUCUUGUGACACAGCUCAGAACAAGGGUCGACUCUGCCGAGCUUCUUACAGAAGAACAUCAUCAGAAUCCUGUCAAGGGGAGACAUGCUGGAAAAGCAGUAGAAGCCAGAGGCAAUGGACAAGUAGCAGGCUUGACCUGAGAAGCCAUGCUUCUGAUCAGACAAGAGAGUCAGUGAGUCAGAAAAGGCUCCUCACUUCUAGUAUGACAUCUCAGGCCACUGAGGAGACUGAAGAUGAUACUGUGAGUGUUUGGAGUGUCCCUGAUGAGAUCCAGCAAAUACUGUAUGGCACAACUAAUUCCUAUUUCAAGAAG